AUGGUUCCGCGAAUAGACACGUACGGAGAAAGGACCCUUACUUUGAAUAUCGGCAUGCGACGCGAUUUCACUGACAUUUACCGUGGCCAACGUGAAGCAACCGGUGAAUUGUACAUCCCUCAACACUUGCGAGAUUGCAAAUUCGUUUUCGUACGGAACGACGCCGUGAGACGACCACUCACGCCGGCAUACCAAGGUCCUUUUCAGGUUCUUCGACGCACCGACAAGCACCUUUACGAUCAAAGCGCCAACUCGACCGACACCAUCGCAAUCGAUCGGACCAAGCCUGCUUUUCUGGAGAAGCGACAGUAUGACGCAAACCCGGCUCUGCGGCCCCCUAAUGCUAUUCCAGCGCACCCAUCAGACGCAGCACCGCAGACAUCAAACGACACCCCAGCGACUCCUGUGCGGCAGACCCGAUCCGGUAGGAGGGUCACUUUCCCUAAAGACCUUCGUAAAUAUUAUUAUUAUUAA